CGAACGAUGGUGUAUUAUAUUGUGACAACGGUAUUACACAUCGGAAAACAAUACACUCAUAAUAAGAGAUCCUACGAAAAUGCAGGACUGCCUGCUUCACGAGUCCACCUCGGUAUCGCAGUACAAUCCGCCCGAGGACGCAGUCUCGCAAUCUAUAAUCAAACCAACAAAACAACGUGCCGUGUCAGUAUCUUCGUCCAGUCCGUCAAGAAUGAGGCAAGACUCGACUGUCCCGGUACCUGGACAGGUGGAGAUAGCGUAAAAUUGACAGAAGUCGCCUUGCUGGUGGCCAACGCAGGCUUCGGUGGCGUUGUGGCCAAUCCCGGAGAACGGGGAUGCGUUGCUCAUCGACACGAAAAGGACGAGGGACGCGAGAGCGGAGAGGGCGUUGAAUAACUGCAUUUCGAUUACGAAUGACAAGCUCGAAAGCUGAAGGGAUAUGAGCUUAUAAAGUAGAAGGUUUUAUACCGCUCCGCUCAUCUCCA